AUGGGCGCCGAGCGCGAGGCGCGGGCGUGCGCGGCCCUUUACGCGGAGCUGCGCGGCGGCGGCACCGUGCUCUCCUGCCUGCGCUGCCUCCGCCGCGCCGCGGGGAGUACUGCCAAGAGAUGCAAAGACAAGUACCUGGAGGAGGCUCUGCUCCUGUCACAGACGUUGAGCGAGGGGCUACGGGAGCUGGAUGAGGCAGAGGCACGACCCCUGCUCCGCUGUGUCCUGGCUUUCCAGAUGGAGGCAACUGGAAGCUCCAGCUCCUUCCAGAAACUAGAACGGCUUGUGACCCAGCUGGCAGUGGGGAAGGAAGCCCUGCUUGCCCAGGAGGUGGGCAUACUGCUGGCUGGCCUGGUGCCACAGGGAGAGGUGCUGUCUCCUCAGGACCUUCAAUCAGUGUGCAUGUUCCUAGAGGAGAGCAGGCUGGGCCGACAGCACUGGCAGCAGAACCUGGCCCAGCUGCUGCAGCACCUGGCCACCACCUUGGGCUGGGUGCUGCAGAGCCAGACCAUGCCUGAUAGCACAUGGGGCUACCUGGUCAUCAAGGCCUGCCUCCAGCUCUUCCAAGUGCUGCCAAAGGAUGUGGCACCCCUGGUGUGGAGUGUGGAGGGGAAGAAUGAGACCCUGCAGAGGCUCUUGAGACUGCUGCUGGAGGUGGCAUGGGGAAAGACCCGGAACAGAGACAUGAGGCUGCUGGCAGGCACAGCCCUGAGCAUGUUGGUGAACACAGCCCCACAGCCCCAGCAUGGGGUCAGUGCUACACUGGCCCUCUUCCAGCUCCUUGACCAAGGUACAGGUGAGCUGAAGUUUGGGGAGCUGGUAAUGGAGGUCCCCCCCAUCCUGGAGUCAGAUGGUUUGGAGAAGCUGGUGCUCACCAGAGGUUUACUGACAUGCUGCAAGACAGACAUCCUCAGCUGCCAGCUGGAGAGCUUCACCCACAAGGUCUGCCUGCUGCUGGAUGUGGUCUUUCCUGCUGUGUAUGCCCUGACCAAGGAGCAGAAAGACUGCCACUACUACUGCUUCCAAGCCUGCACCCUGUGGCUGCAGCGCCUGCGGGACAGCCUGCCUGCUAUCUGGCACCUGAUGGGGACCCGCGUCCUGGCGCAGGACACUCAGCUGCUCCAGCAGCUCACACAGCUGGUGUGGGACAACGCUGAGACCUCGGUGGAAGGGAUAUCAGAGUUCAUCCAGAGCUCCUUCCGACUGCUCCUAGAGAUCUACUACCUCGAGUGUCAGCACUUCCAGGACCAGGAGAGACUCCUCUACCAACAGAUACUGCAGAGGGUGGUCUCAAUGCCAUGGCAGAUCAAAGCCAGAUAUGUGCCCUUGUGUUCCAUCGUUCCCUACAUGGGCAGCCAGCAGGUGCUGGAUGCCUACCCAGACCUGCCACAGCACCUCCUGAAGUGCCUCUCCACCAACCACCUGUGUCCCGCAGCCGCCGAGGUGUACAAGGCGCUGGUGCGGCAGCAGUGUGCGGAGCGGCAGGGUGCGGGGGCAGCCGAGCGCUGGGCUCUGCACUGGCUGCCGCUGCUCUCCGGGGCACUGUGCUCGCCGCUGCCCAUCCUGCACGGCAACGCCACCAACCACCUGCUCGCCUGGACCCUGCGGCAGCUGCCGGCGGCACAGGCGCUGCUGGCUGCCCGCUGCGGCGGCUGGGACGCGGCCUCGCUGCGCGCCUGGGUCUCGCUGCUGAGGGCGCAGGGGAGCGUGGCGGGGCCCAUGCAGCUGCAGGGAGACACGCUGGAGCGGCUCCGCUGCUGCCUGCGCUCCCGCGAGGACGGCGUGCGCCUGGCCGCCCUGGGCCUCCUCUGCUGCAGCCCCGGCACCAACCGGCCCCUCUCGAGUGGCGAGAUGCGGCUGCUGGCGGAGUUCCUGCCCCUCAACCUCAACUGCGACUCCUCCUCCUUCCGGCAGCUGCUGCAGGCGUCGGUGAGGAAGGCGCUGGUGCGGCUGCGGGACAGCUCGCUGGCCCAGCUGCGAGGGAAAGCAGCCCAAGGCACCAAGCCAGGCGAGGGAGCGGGGCAGCUGGAGCGGGCAGUAGGCUUUGUGGAGUGGCUGCUGCAGCUCAGCAUCGCUUCGCUUGGCCCGGGCUCCAACUACCAGAGGAAGAAAACAGCUCUGCUCCUCCUGGCUGCUGUUUUGGAGACCUGCACAGACACCUGGAGCCCCAACAGGAAGAAAGGCCAGCCACCAAGGACUAUGGCCACACUGUUGAGCUAUGCUAGGGAGAGUGGCUGCUGGGACUUCUUCUCCCACACCAAUUUGUUGGCUCUGCUGAGCUGCUUACAGGACAGCACUAAUGAGAUCAGAGACUUGGCCUCAGAGCUGCUCAUCCGCUACUUCCCUGUCCCACUCCCUGAGCCCACUGCCCUGGCUCUCUUCCAACUGGCCCAGGAGGCCCUGGGCAGCCCCCGCGUGCAGGAGGCUGAAACUGGAGCCGUGCUGAUGAAGACCAUCCUGCAGAAGUCAGACAGUGCCACCAUGAAGAUCCUAGCCCUACACGCAGCCUCAACAGUGCCCAGCCAAGGUCUAUGCUUUGCCCAGCAUCUUCUCCAUGUUCUCCAAGCCCAGUAUGCCAUAGCCUGCCAGGACCUGCUGCAGGCAGCAGCCAGUGCGCCGAUGCACGGAACAGUCACAGCCCUGCGCAGGUGCCUUCUGCAGGUGCCAGAAGUGGCCACCUCCAUGCAGGCAGCAGAGUUGGCACAGAGCUGGCAGGAGUUCUUCUCCUCCCUCGUCACCACAGUGAGAGACAUCACCUCCUUACUCCUGGGUGCUUUGCAGAGCCAGCAAGGCCCUGGCGCUGAUGAGCAAGCUGCUGCCCCAUCAUUUGCAGACAUGGGGAACGCCAUCUUCUCCCUCAUCACAAUGAGGAAAGGCCAGGGGCAAGAGGAAGAUGAAGAUUCUGUCCUGCUGUCAGAGGAGCACAGCCUGAUUCUGACCUGCUGUUGGGUAUCAGUGAAGGAGAUAGGGCUGCUCUUGGGGGGCCUGGCUGAGCUGCUGCUGGCCCCAGCCCAGCCUGCUGGGCUGGCGCCCCUCCUGCCACUCCCCACCCUCCAGACGGCUGCGAGGGUGUUCCAGGAAAUCCUGCUCCGGUGCCGGCACUGGGGAGCGGUGGAAGGCUGCAGCAUGGGCUUCACCAAGUUUUGUGCUGCUCUGCUGAACCACCCAGACAUGAAGCUGCAGGCCAUCCCACAGACCAUGCUGGAGCAGGGCCUGGAAGCGCUGAGCGGGCCCCGCAGCAGCUCAGUGACGCGCCGUGCCGCUGGCUUCCCCAUGCUCUUCCUCUGCAUCGUCAGCGGGGAGGCCCCGGCGGAGGCACGGCCGCUGCUCACUUGCUGCAUCCACACGCUGCUGGCUUUGGCCGCCACUGUGCUGCCACAAGACUGGGACCAGACCCUCGACCUCCCACAGGUGUGUGCCCUCCACGUGCUGCAGACACUGGUCCGUGGCACGGGGCUGGGUGCUGCGCUGCUGCGGCACGCCGCGCCGAUGGUGGCCCUGGCACUGCGGGGCUUGGGCUCGCCAUGCUGGGCCAUGAGGAAUGCAGCCAUCCAGCUCUUCAGUGCUCUCACGUCUCGGCUGCUGGGCCAGGCACGGAGCUGCGGCGAGGGCUGCCCGGCAGAAGGAGUGAGCCUGCCAGCCUUUCUUGGGCAGCACCCACAGCUGGGUGCCGUGCUGCUGGGAGAGCUGGCAGCAGCUGCAGAGCCUGCGCUGGGGGGGCCCUGCCUGCACCCCGCACUCCAUGCCAUCCUCACUCUCCUGGCCCAGCUGCAGCCCGGGACCGAUGGCCCUGGCAGCCCUUCUGCUCGCUUCCUGGCGCCGCUGCUGGGGCUGGCAGGCAGCCCCAUCCACGCCGUGCGAGUGAUGGCUGCCAAGGCGCUGGUGCCCGUGGUGUGUCCCUCCCAGCGCCGGGGGCUGCUCCUGCAGCUGGCCCAGCAGCUCCCUGCCGCACCGGGACAGCUGCGCUCUCACAACGCUCUGCACGGGCACCUGCUGCAGAUGCGGGCACUGCUGGGUCCUGGCCCGGGCACCAGUGGGCUGUCGGCCGAGGAGCUGCAGCCUGUGGCUCUGCAGCUGGAGACACGGGGCUGGCUGCUCACCCCUGCCCAGCGCUGCCCGCUCGUCCGUGCCACCUUCCUUCAGGUCCUUGCCCUCAUGCCCGUGUCCUUCAGCUCUGGCUUCACCCAGAGCAUCCGUGAUGCCAUCAACUCUGAGCUGGGCAGCCUCUCCCUGGGGAGAAAGCAGGGAUGCACGGAGCUGCAGGUGGGUUUGCCCAUUCUCCACCAAACCAUGGCCCACUUCCUGUGCAGCGAGGCCGCCCGGAUGGUGGACAGCGAGUGGAUUGGUGCCGUCUGCUCGCUCCUGCAGCAGCCAAGCCCCAAUGUGCAGCUCGCCAUCCUGGUCUGGGUGGUCACCGGGGAGGGAGCAACCUGCGAGGAGCUGGACAAGGCUCUCGGGCUGACGUUGCUGGAGACCUUGCACUCGGUGCUGCAAGAGAGAAGGGACAAAGAGUUCCUGAGAUUGUACCUUGAGGCUUUGCUGCAUCUUUACCGAGAGCCCUCGUCAUGGACCCAGGAGGCUUCCUGUAAGCUCCAGGGCUCCUCAGCAGCAUGCCUGGAGAUGCUGCUGCACAUGGUGGAAGCAGAGUAUCCUGGCCCUGACCUCCUGUCCCAGGCCCUGUGUGCUGCCAGCCUGCUUCUCGCCCACUGGGUUGGACCUGAGGACAGCCUCCUGCUUGGGCGCUGGUGUGCAGCGCUGGAGGACUGCAGCCGCUCCACGUCCGAGGUGCUGCGGCUGGCUGCCGCCCGCUCCCUGCACACAGCAGCUCCCAGGGUCCUGCGCUGCUGCCUCCAUGCUGCCUGGCCCUCGUUUGUCCCUGAGGCUCUGCGGCUGAUAAACAUGGGCAUUCACCUUCUGCAAGAUGAGGACCGGGAGGUCCGUCAUGAGGCCUCAGGUUUUGCCAGCUUCUUGCAGCCAGAGCCCAGGGACCUGCUCCCAGAUGGCUGCAUCUUUGUGCAGGACAACGUGGGGCUCCAGGGCCUCCUGCAGCUCCUCCUGGCAGAGUUUGGGCAGCACCCUCAAACCUUUGACUUGCUCCUACAGCACCUCCCUGUCCUAGACAUCAGGGGCAUCGUGGAAGGGCUGGAGGCCAACAAAGCCGCCAGCCUGUACAAGGAGGACGAGCCAAAUGUCUUUGCGGAGCCGGCGGUCCUGGCGUGGCAGCUGCUCCCCAUCCUGCUGCAGCUCCUGGAGAAGGUGCCCGCAGGCGGCCCCCUCUGUGCCUCGGCUCUGUGCUGGCUGGCAGCUGUGGGCCCUGGCGUCCUGCAUGACCUGCAGUACUGCAAGCAGCGCUGGAGCCAAGGUAUGGAGCAGCAUGCAGCCCUCAAGACAGGGACUGCUGCCUGCUGGGGGAUGAAGGCACUGGGCUGUGCCAAGCUGCACACAGCAGUGGCUGUGCUGCUGGUGAGGGCCCGAGUGGUGGUACAGGCACUGCAGGUGCUGGGGGAAAGUGCCAGCACUGUGCCAGGGCUGGGCUGCAGUGCCCAGGAGCUGGAGCAGGAGCUUGUGCUGGUGCAGGAGCUGCUGGCACAGCAUGGACUGACCCCUGUGCUGAGCCAGGGCAAUGCAAUGGGGAAGAUGGGACCACUGUUGGGGGCUACCUGACAGCUCUGGGCAUGGAAUGGCAUCACACCAAGCCCUGCAGCCACAAGGCUCCUGGCUUCUGCUGCCACAUCCCACCUUUGCCAGAUGCUUUCUCUGGACACCAGGCAGGACCGUGAGCUUGGUGCUGUAACUCAGGGGAACCUCACUCACCAUGUGGGACUUGCUGGCUGUGUUCUCAGUAUUCUGUAACUCUCCACCCCCAGGACACCAGUGCAGCCUUAGCCUGUGCCUGCCCACAGCAUCCCCACCCUCAACUCUCUCUGGGAUCAGGGGACACACAUCCUGGUGCUCUUGCACACCCCUUGUGCUGCUUAACUCCCACCACCUUAUUUUUUUUUUAACCAGUGUUUUAGCUCACUGCUGACCUGGGCUUUUAUCCCCAAUAAAGAGGCCAAGAACAACCCA